AUGGCUUCAAAUCAACAAGUGAAGCUUUUUGGAAUUGUAGGAAGCCCAUUUGUGACGAGAGCAGAGAUUGCUCUGAAGCUCAAGGGAGCGGAAUAUGAAUAUGUUCAUGAAUCAUUGACCGACAAAAGUGAUCUUCUUCUCAGGUACAAUCCCGUUCACAAGAUGGUCCCUGUGCUUCUUCACAACGACAAGCCAAUCUGUGAGUCGCUUGUCAUUGUUGAAUAUGUCGACGAGACUUUUACAGGUUAUCCCAUCUUGCCUUCUGAUCCUCACCACAGAGCCUUGGCUCGUUUCUGGUCCAAGUUCAUCGACGACAAGGUCUUGCCUGCUAUAUCUAAAGCAGCUUGGAAUCCUGAUGCGAGGGAGAGAGAGAAAGGUGGUGAAGAAUCCUCGGAGGCUCUCAAGACUCUGGAGAAUGAGCUGAAAGGAAAGUUCUUUAAUGGAGAUUCAAUGGGAUAUGUGGAUAUUACUGCAUUGUUCUUGGCUUUUUGGCUGCCUUUAAUUGAAGAAGCUGGUGCGCUUGAGUUGUUCAGUGGUGAGAAAUUUCCAAAGCUUAAGAAAUGGAGUCACGAAAUUCUGAAACAUCCCAUUGUGAAAGAAGCUUUGCCUCCAAAGGAUGUUCUCAUUGGCUACUACAAAACCCGCUUUCAGAGCAUUGCUGCUUCCAAAUAGAUAAAUGGAUUCAUCUUUGUGUUCAUUACCGCAUGUUGUGAUUUCAUGCCAAAAUAAAAAUAUGCAACUUUCUUUUGCAACAAAAUCUCGAUCAUGUGUUUGGUUUUUUUGUUUUGGUCGGGUUGUUAUUUUCUGCCUCUUUACAACUCCCUUUAGGACGUUGUCUGAUAAAAGUUCGUUAUUGGAAUCUUUUAGCAGCUCUUAAGUUAGACUUUUUGCUUUU